AUGAUGGAUUCAGCUGGUGCAAGCAGCAAAAGAAGCGAUGAGAAGUCAUUGGAAUCGGGAGGCCACAACCACAAAAAUCACUUCUUUCAUCUGGUUUUAAGGAUUAGCUUGCUAUUCCUAGCGGUUGUUCCAGCAUGUCUGGUUCUUUAUCACUCUCUCAAUUCUUUCCAAUUCUUCCCCAACUCCUUGUACAACCCAUCAGCCUCUUCUCAAGACUCUGCUCGUGGAAUCAUAUCUUCUCUGGCCAAGGAUGAUCCUGCGUUAGUGAGAGUCUUGAAAGAAGCAGCAAUGACAGACAAAACAGUCAUUAUAACUACACUAAAUGAAGCCUGGGCCGCGCCAAAUUCAAUAUUUGAACUCUUUAUUAGGAGUUUCGGAAUAGGGAAUCAAACUCAAGGGCUCUUGAAUCAUUUGCUAGUUGUUGCUUUGGACCAAACGGCAUAUGCUCGUUGCUUAGCAUUGCACAAGUAUUGUUAUACUCUCAACACUCCAGACAUCGACUUUUCAAGCGAAGCACAUUUCAUGUCCACUGACUACUUAAAGAUGAUGUGGAGAAGGAUCGAUUUUCUUCGUAGCGUUCUUGAUAUUGGAUACAACUUCAUCUUUACGGAUAAUGAUAUAAUGUGGCUUCGAGAUCCAUUUCCACGUUUUUACCCGGAUGCUGAUUUCCAGAUUGCAUGCGAUCAUUUUUUUGGCGACUCGUUUGACUUGAACAACUGGCCCAAUGGAGGAUUUAACUAUGUAAAAUCAAGUAAGCGGACCAUCGAAUUUUACAAGUUUUGGUAUGACUCAAGAGAUAAAUAUCCAGGCAAACAUGACCAAGAUGUUCUCAAUAUGAUAAAAUUUGAUCCUUUCAUCAGGGAGAUUGGUCUACAAAUAAGGUUUUUGGACACUGCCUAUUUCGGUGGAUUUUGUGAGCCUAGCAAAGAUUUGAAUCUUGUGUGCACAAUGCAUGCAAAUUGUUGUGUUGGUUUGGACAAUAAGAUUCAUGAUCUUACAAUUCUGCUCGAGGACUGGAGAAAAUAUAUGUCAUCGCCAACAAACAAAAGUGCUACACCAGAAUCAUCUUGGUCCCCGCGACGUUGCCGUUAG